GAUUUUAAUGAACUGCAUACCGUAACGAUGGACGAUAGCGAUAAGUUGGUGUUUCGUUUACUUUGGUAGUUUCUUUGCUGAACUUAAUUCUACCAUUUCAUGAAAUCUUUCAUUCCAAAGCAAUGAAUAGUUACAUCAAAAAAGACACGAUACGAAUUCUUCUAAUAACAACAUUACUUUCAUUCGAAAUACAAAAUGCAUCCACCUCAUCAUCUCCAAUUUGCUCUGACACAACCAUCAACACCGAUGAUUUUAGAGCACUGCGCCUCCAUCGGGAUUUAUACGUUGAUAAAACUUUCCUGCUGGACGACUUCGUUAAACUGGAAGGAUCACGUAUGCUGACGACGAUCAUCAGACCAAAAGGCUGGGGUAAAAGUAUCAACCUCGAUAUGAUUCGAAGAUUUUUCGAAAUCGAAGUUGACGAAAAAGGUGAACGAGUAUUCAAAGAUAGAUCAAUAAACAAUAAAUUAUUCUCGGGAGGCGAAGUCGUUAUAAAUUCGACGUCAAGAAAAACUCUGAAAAAAUUAAAAGUCAACUUAUUCGCAGCCCGACACCUGGGUCAAUUUCCAGUAAUCCUGCUCAAGUUGAAAAAUACAUCGGGGAACAGCUACCAGGAAAUCGAGUCGAAAGUAAAAGCUCGAGUACAAGAUGUGUUCAAAGAUCACGAAUACUUGCUGAAUUCUACGAGAAUAACUCUCAAAGAAAAAUUCGAAAGCUAUAUUAAAGGGGAUUUCGACACUGCUGAUUUGAUAUCGAGCGUUUUAUUCUUGAGUACAAAAUUACAAGAACAUUUUGGACGAAAAGUAUACAUUUUGAUGGACGACUACGAUGCACCUUUUGUAAACGCUUACGUAGGAUUUGGGAAUAAAGCCGAAGAAUUCGAUAAAUUACAAAGCUUGAUAAUCGAUUUCUAUACGAAAACUUUUCAAGGCAAUCCCAGUUUGAGUGCAACGUUAGUCACAGGUGUCUUACACAUAUCCUUGAUGCCUACGAUGAAUACCGGAUUAAAUAAUAUAGACUUGUGUACGUUGACAAGAAGCCAGUUUUCGAAAUCAUUCGGAAUCACAGAACCGGAAGUGCAAGAAUUACUCAAGCAGGUAUCUUCAACGAUAAAGCUAGAUCCGAAGGAAGUGAAGGAUUGGUACAAUGGUUAUAAUUUCAACAUACAAACAUACUACAAUGCUUGGUCCAUAAUGCGAUGUCUGCAUCAAAAUGGAACUUUGGGUUAUCACGGAUUCGAUACAGAUAGCAACGGACUCGUUGAUAAAAUACUCUUAUCGGAUGAAAUACAAGAAACAGUACAUCUUUUACUCUCUGGUAAAAGCUUGAAUUUUCCUAAAUUACACAGUCGUACGGAAGUCAUGAGUUGGGAUAAAAUGGACGAGCUCGAGGUACUCUUGCUGUAUGGAUACCUGAGCGCCGAAGGUGAUUCUUUCGAUACAGCUUCCAAAAUUACAAUACCCAAUAAGGAAAUUAAACACGUUUUCGAGACAAAAGUACUCCAAUGGGUUGCUGGUAAAUUUGGUGUGAAUGCGUCGGAGUUUCGUUCUUUUGCCAAUCUGCUACCUGCAGGCGAAUUCGAAACGUUCAAAGACACUUUGCAGAAAUACCUCUCAAAAUGUUCUUCUAAUUUAUUGUCAAGGGUAUUAUACGAUGGUGUGAUAACAGCAUUGAAGAAUGCUUUGACGACGAGUCACAAAGCUCAAGAUGGAAAGAAAGACGAUGCAGGUGAAUCUAGUGAUUUGGUGGUACUGAUUCCUGACCCGGGUCUGAGUGAUGCUGUCAUCGUUAUCAAGCAUAAAAUAGCUAAAAUGGAGGAUCUGGUGUCUGUGGCUAAAACUGGUCUGGAAGAAAUUAACGCAGGGCUGUCUAGUAAUAAUUUGAAAACGCUCUCUCAUGUCAAAAAAAUAUUUAAAAUAAGCAUAGCAUUUAAUGGCGAAAAAGUAACUGUUGAGUACAAAACUGAUUAGGAAGUCACGUGAAUGGAAAUGCAGACACGUGUAGUCGUGUACACCUAAAAAUCCCAAUUAUUACUUAAUUGAUACUUAUUGAAAUUAUUCGAUCGGAAAACCAGACCUCUAAGGCAAUUUUGCAAAUUUUUGAAAAAUCUGGAACUAUUUUUACAGUAUUAUAGCAUUUUUUAUAACCUAAUAACUAAACAAUGGUCAAAUAUUGGUGGUUAAAUGUACCUACAAUUUUCAUUUGUGAAUCUUGCAAACUUUCUCUCUCUGACUUUAAAUAUUAGGUACAUGAACUACAAAUGGCCACGUAAAUAAUAAAGCAUGGACGGUCAAGUACCGAAGCCCUCAUAAAAAAUUUCUAGAUCAUUUUCAUCUGCUGGUCAAUCAUUCCAAAGUGUAAAAUUUGAUGAAAAUGGAUACAAAUUCAAAUCAACGAUCUCCCUCUAAUAACUUCUCACAAGUCUCUUCCCUCAAUCAGAAAUAAGGAAGCCUCCAAAUAAUCCACACUUCCCAAAUAUGUACAUGUACACAAUUUAAAAAUAUUAUCAACGAUUUUCACAUAAAAUAUUUUUAAUAA